GUCUUGCUUUGUGCAAAGUGGAGCAGCAAAGCAGGCGGAAUAUUUAAAAGAGAGAGAGUGGGUGACGACUGAGAAGAAGGAGAAGGGAAGAAGGAAGCAGGCCAAGUUGCGCUACCUCAGUCGUCUCUUUUCCCGAGAUUCCCCGUUCCGAUAUCCAUUUUUUCUUCUUCUUUUCCUUUACUCGCUCUCUUCUCCUCAUUCCAAUCUGCUCUCCGCUAAACUGUCUUCAUUGAUCAGUAGGAAAUCCCUAACGCCGCCGCAUUUCUCUUCUUCCGCUGGAAAUGGUGGCCGCUACGAAGGGCAAAUCCGAUAUCUCCUUCGCCGGAACGUUCGCCAGCAGCGCUUUUGCUGCUUGCUUCGCUGAGAUUUGUACCAUUCCUUUGGAUACUGCUAAAGUUAGGCUUCAGCUCCAAAAGAAAGCUGUUGGAGAUGUGGCAGGCUUACCAAAGUACAGGGGUUUGUUGGGCACUGUCGGUACAAUUGCUAGGGAAGAAGGGCUAGCUGCACUUUGGAAAGGCAUUGUUCCUGGAAUACAUCGCCAGUGCCUGUUUGGUGGUUUAAGAAUUGGGUUGUAUGAGCCUGUUAAGGACUAUUAUGUGGGGAAAGACUUCGUUGGAGAUGUUCCUUUGAGCAAGAAAAUUCUUGCUGGGCUUACAACUGGUGCUUUAGCAAUCACAGUUGCAAAUCCAACUGAUCUUGUGAAGGUUAGGCUUCAAGCUGAAGGGAAAUUACCUGCUGGUGUACCAAGGCGAUAUUCUGGAGCUCUAAAUGCUUAUUCUACUAUCAUGAGACAGGAAGGAAUUGCGGCUCUUUGGACUGGCCUUGGACCCAAUAUCGCACGGAAUGCCAUUAUAAAUGCUGCUGAGCUUGCUAGUUAUGAUCAAGUGAAACAGACAAUCUUGAAGAUCCCUGGAUUCACAGAUAAUGUUCUCACUCAUCUUUUGGCUGGUCUUGGAGCAGGUUUUUUUGCUGUUUGUAUAGGUUCUCCAGUUGAUGUGGUUAAGUCAAGAAUGAUGGGAGAUUCUGCUUACAAAAGCACACUUGACUGUUUCAUCAAAACCUUGAAAAAUGAUGGGCCUUUUGCUUUUUAUAAGGGUUUUAUUCCAAACUUUGGAAGGCUAGGAUCCUGGAACGUGAUCAUGUUUCUAACUUUAGAACAGGCCAAAAAAUUUGUCAGAAGCAUAGAACAUCCUCAGAAUAAAUAAGAUGCUAAGAUCAAAGUUCAAGAAUCUCCAACGAGAUUGCAUAGAAAGUUUCAGAGAGAAUAAUAAAGAUCAUCAUAUCUCACCAUUAUUGUCAUUUUGCUAGUUGAGUCUAGGCGUUAAGCUAGGAAACCUCGAAAUUUAAGAACUCGGUUUCUUUAAAAUAAAUUUCAUUUUUGGUUUUGGGAUUACUUUGGUCCUUCCUUCUCAUUCUGUCAUCCCAUCACCAUAUACUGACUAAUUGAAAUUUUCUACUUUUCAUUUCAUAAAUGUACUUGAAUUUUCUGUGUCAUUUUCAUUCUUUAAGGGGUGAUAAUAUACUUUAGUCUUUUAU